GUCAGACUUGUUUGGGGGGUUCAUUUCACCUGUAUGUCACAUCGCCAGCACUGAUGCAAGGAGCGCGUACCUCCGUCAGACUUUGAUUCACCAGGUGACUAGAUUCGUCCCUUCCCCAGAACGCGUGCACUCGGAUCUGUGCAGGUGAAACUAGGACACGACACAGGUAUAGUAGUGUUUAAAUAAUAUAUGUAAUGGGAUUUUAAAGAACUCGCAACAACAACCCUAUGUGAUGUAAUCGUAUAGAUCAAGCGGUGUCAAACUCAAUCGCUCGGCGGGCCAAAACUCAAACCACAUGUAAGGUUGCGGGCCGAACAGGAUAUACAUUCAAAAAGCUGAAAAUUAAUAUAUGUAAACAAAAAAAUUAUAUAAAUGAAAACAGAAAAAUGUUUUAAUUAUUAAAAAUCAUUGGCAUUCCCAUUUUCGCUCUUAUGUCAAUUUGUCAGAGCUGGAUGUUUGGCACAUUUUCUUGAUUACAAAAACAAGUCAGUUCGUGUAUGUCGGGAGUAACGUUCUGUGUCAAUGAGAUUCUCAUGAUGGACUGCAAGUGUUCAGCAGUGAGACGACUCCUGUGUGAUGUUGUGUUAAUGUUCAUCACAGAAAACAGCUGCUCACACAUCUAGGGGCUACCCAUCAUGCUCACGGUUCGAGCCGCAUGUAGACGAAGCUGGGGCAUCUCUUCAGGAAUGAAACGAGUGAACUGUGCGGGCCCGACUGUGUCGUACUUUGCCUUUAGUGUCCCAUUACACUGCAGCUCGAUUAGCUCCAUGUGCAAAAUUUUCAGGUGCAGUUUCCACGCCUCUGGCUUAAUGGGUUACGAAACAGCUCGAAAAUACAUUCCUGUUCUUCAAAGUCACUAAAGCGUCGUGUGAACUCGGCGCGAAGUUUUUCAGCAAAGUGUACAUUUGGGAAACACAAAAGCGUUGACUUUGACUGGAUAUACAUAUAUAUACACACACAGUGUUUUACACAAUAUUUUAUAUGUGUAAUGAUUGUGUGUGUGUGUGUGUGUGUGUAUGUGUGUGGUAUAGAGGACUGGGGAUAUAUAAAAAAGCAAACAAUUAAAUAAAAAAAAAAAAAAAAAAAAAAAAACAAAAAAAUAAAAAAAAAAAAAAAAAAAAAAAAAAAACUUGAGCACGAAGUCCAAUGUCUUCGUCAGUUGCUAGAUUUGCUCUUAUCGGAAGAAUUCCUCCCACGUGACCCAAUGCUCCUUCCUACUGGGGAAAAAAAAAAAAACAAACAAUUAAAAAAAAAAAAAAAAAAAAAAAAACUUGAGCACGAAGUCCAAUGUCUUCGUCAGUUGCUAGAUUUGCUCUUAUCGGAAGAAUUCCUCCCACGUGACCCAAUGCUCCUUCCGUAUGGCCCAUCUUAUGUUUACUAAUUCUCAGUUCACGUGACUGUAUGGCAUGGGAUAUUGGACUAAAAAGUUAUCAAACGGUAUGGCAGCGGUUAUCAACGUGUAUGUGUGUGUGGGCUUGAGUCUGUGUGUCUGUGUGUGUAUGUGUGUGUGUGUGUGUGUGUGUAUGUCUGCGUGUGCGUUCCUCGAGGUAGGUUCGGAGAUAAAUGGCAAGAUGUCGACAUAAAGAAAUUAAUCAAGAAACCAAUGCAUGAUAAUGUGGACUUCUCAUUUACAAAGAAUGUUGGUCUGGAUUAGAAUCCAUCAACUAGAAUAAAAUCAACUAGAAUACUAUCCAUCCAACAGAAUAUUAUCCAUAUUUAGAAUAUUAUACAUCUAUUAGAAUAUUAUACAUCUAUUAGAAUAUUAUGUAUCUAUUAUAAUAUUAUACAUCUAUUAGAAUAUUAUGUAUCUAUUAUAAUAUUAUACAUCUAUUAGAAUAUUAUCCAUCUAUUGAGAAUAUUAUACUUCUAUCAGAAUAUUAUACACCCAAUAGAGUAUAAACCAUUUAAUAGAAUAUAUUAUUAUGAUCUAAUAUAAUUUAUUUAAUGUAAUCGAUUUAACAUAAUCCACAUAAUAUAAUUCAUUUAACAUAAUCCUUCCACUGUAAUGUAAUCUAUCUGCUAUACUAAAAUCCACCACAUUAAAAAAAACAACAACAUAAUCUAACAUUGCAUCCCUCCAAGAGUAACAUGAUAUAAAUAGUCGAAAUUUUCCUGUGAUGUAGCUCUUGGUCGACACAAUGGUAUAUGUUAUAGACAUGUUAUAUAUAACGUCUGUCUGUUAAGAGCAAGAUCGCGCUAAGUCAUCAUGGAUGUCAAUUUAUCAAGAGAGCAGACACGUGUUUUCUCCCCGAUACCAUUUCCGACUUUGCAAUGCAACAGUUCGGGCACUGUACCGUAUUUGGAAGGGGAUAUUUCAUAUCCUAAGCAGAUAGAAAAAUCACGAAUUUUUUUUUUGUUCGCGCCGUCUCUUGACUCUUGAGGGUGUGUGGUAUGGUGUGGUGUGGUGUGUGUGUGGUGUGGUGGUGGUGUGGUGGUGGUGGUGUGGUGUGUGUGUGGGUGUGUGGGUGUCAGCUAUCGGGCUGUUUUUACCCGGGCCUUAAGGCCGACAGGGCCUUCAAAUUUACACAAACACAUAAUUAUUAUUUGCACCUUUCCAUGGAUUAUUGUUGACUCACCUGUUUACGGAUUAUUGUUGACCCACCUGUUGACGGAUUAUUGUUGACCCACCUGUUUACGGAUUAUUGUUGACCCACCUGUUGACGGAUUAUUGUUGACCCACCUGUUGACGGAUUAUUGUUGACCCACCUGUUGACGGAUUAUUGUUGACUCACCUGUUGACGGAUUAUUGUUGACCCACCUGUUGACGGAUUAUUGUUGACCCACCUGUUGACGGAUUAUUGUUGACCCACCUGUUGACGGAUUAUUGUUGACCCACCUGUUUACGGAUUAUUGUUGACCCACCUGUUUACGGAUUAUUGUUGACUCACCUGUUUACGGAUUAUUGUUGACUCACCUGUUUACGGAUUAUUGUUGACUCACCUGUUUACGGAUUAUUGUUGACUCACCUGUUUACGGAUUAUUGUUGACUCACCUGUUUACGGAUUAUUGCAAAUGUCUAAAACGAUGAAAACUUCGAUUAAAAAAAUCAGAAAAACGCAACAUUUUUUGAAGCAAUUAAGUUAAAUUUUUGAAUAGAUAUUUGUAAUGGAGUAAGGUUAAAUGUAAUGGAGUAAGAUUGAACUUGAAUGUCAUGUAGUGAAGUUAAAUGUCCUUUAGUGAGGUUGAAUGUCAUGUAGUGAGGUUGAAUGUCAUGUCGUAAGGUUGAAUGUCAUUUAGUGAGGUUGAAUGUCAUGUAAUGAGGUGCGAUGUGGCAUUUUAAGGGUAUGAGGUGGCAUUUAAAAAAAAUGGUACGAAGUGGUGUUUCAUGGGUUAGUAGGAGGCAUUUUAAGCAGUACCAGUGGGCAUUUCAGGGGGUAAGUGGUGGCAUUUCAGUGGGUAAGUGGUGGCAUUUCAGGGGGUAAGAGGUGGCAUUUCAUGGGUUAAGAGGUGGCAUUUCAUGGGUUAAGAGGUGGCAUUUCAGGGGGUAAGAGGUGGCAUUUCAGGGGGUAAGUGGUGGCAUUUCAGGGGGUAAGUGGUGGCAUUUCAGGGCUUUUAUAAUAAGAUCAGAGCAGCAACUGAUGUUUAAGUUAGGCUGUAAAUAUUCUCGUUUAUUUAAUCGAAUCAUUUACAUAGUACUUAAAAACUGUAACUAAUUAAGUCACACAUUUAUUUACUUAUUUCUAAAUAUCUAUUUUAGUUUUAAAAAGGAAACAAAUUAUAAGCACCCCUCCCAUAUAUUAAAAUGCUUAUACAUUUUUAUGGAUUUUGCUAGAGCUAGGCAAACUAUUCGUAAGGGGUGCAGGAUAUAUAAUAAGGUAGGGAUCCCUGCCAUACAGAAUAGUUAAAAAGUUACCCUUGCUAGAGACGACGCUAACCCCCCCCCCCCCCACUAGAAUGCCCUCUCAGAGUGACUUGCUGUUUUCGACGUCCGCCAUACAGAAUAGUUAAAAACUUACCCCUGCUGGGGACGACGCCAACCCCCCCCCCCCACUAGAAUGCCCUCUCAGAGUGACUUGCUGUUUUCGACGUCCGGCUCCUAUUUACGUCGACAAUGUGCGACGGUCUCUCUUUCAUAGACAAUGGUUUCGAUGACUGUAGACCCACUCCAAUAAGCACUCAGAGGACAGCAUGUGUCAAGGAUGUUAAAAGAUUUACGGAUUGUUAAGUACUCACUUCUCCAGACUAAGUGUGUCUGAGACAUAACACCAGCCACAGAUCGGGGGGGGGGGAGGAGAAGGGGGGGCAGAGGGAAUGUAAAGUAACAUUGAGGAAUGGAAAAAAAAAUUUUUUCCUAGGGAAAAGACAUAAUUCUCAAACUUUAAAAAAAACAAACAAAAUUAAUUAAGAAAAUAAGGGCAACCACUUUCUAAAAUGAAAUCAAAGUUCGUUUUGGUUUUGCAAGCGUGUGUUCGGCUAUCUAACGUGUAUCUAAACAGCACAUUUACACAAGUGCAGAUCCCUUGGUCGUAAUCUGUGUCACAGGUUCUCCUGCAGAUGCUCAGCACGGUUCACUGGCGCCAGGUGCUGAUACUGUACCUAGGUUUUCAAGCACGACGAUGCUACGGUUGCUGCAUCAAUUGAUGCGGUUUAAACUGGCGCUUACGAUAACAUUUUAAACAUGUCAAAGUGACCUUGUUGUGUGGGAGCAGUUGGAAUCUGGAGUUGCCCCACAAUACCGAUAUCGACAUUACUGGAGGUUAUUAUGCCAUCGAGUCAGAGCGACCACCCAAGUCAGAGCUACCACCCCGUUCAGAGCGACCAUCCAGUCAGAGCUACCAUUCAGUCAGAGCUACCUCCCAGUCAGAGCUACCAACCAAGUCAGAGCUACCUCCCAGUCAGAGCUACCAACCAAGUCAGAGCUACCACCCAAGUCAGAGCGACCAUCCAGUCAGAGCUACCAUUCAGUCAGAGCUACCACCCAGUCAGAGCUACCACCCAAGUCAGAUCUACCACCCAGUCAGAUCUACCAUCCGGUCAGAGCUACCAUCCGGUCAGACCUAUCACCCAGUCAGAGCUACCAUCCAGUCAGAGCUACCAUCCAGUCAAAGUAACAUUCAUGGUAAUGUGGGAUACGAGACUGCUUACCAUCAUGAAUUAACAGGACCUCUGACCUAACAAAAGCAAUGUUAACAAGAAUUCUGGACAACUGCUGAAUUAUUUUGACCAAAUGUUGAGCUUUGACCAAGUGUUGAGCUUUGACCAAAUGUUGAGUUUUGACCAAAUGUUGAGCUUUGACCAAGUGUUGAGCUUUGACCAAAUGCUUUGAGUUUUGUUCUCGCAUUGUAAGGAAUGUAGUUAGAGAGGCGAAAGUGGGAGGACGGAUGAAGAGGGCGAGGGUGAUGGGGUGUUGGAAAAGGGCGAGUAGUGGUAGGUUAAAGGUGAGGGAGGGGUUAAGAAGAGUGAGAGGGUGGAAGGGGUGGGAAGAGGUAACGUUGUUAAAAUGAACCCCACCCCCACUCUUCCGAUUGUGGAUUACAAACUAUCCGACUUUAGAGUAUUUUUUUUGGAGUGGGGGGGGGGCGGAAAAGAUCGUGGCGUGGGGGAGUGGGUGGGAUGAAGUUGACAGGUGCGAGAGUUGAGGGGGGGGGAAUAAUCCCGUUGAAUGCUUCAUUGACCUAAAUUCCUUUGUAAUGCGAUCGGAAAAGAUCGUGGCGUGGGGGAGUGGGUGGGAUGAAGUUGACAGGUGCGAGAGUUGAGGGGGGGGGGAAUAAUCCCGUUGAAUGCUUCAUUGACCUAAAUUCCUUUGUAAUGCGAACAGUUAAGUCAAAACCAUUCUUCCAGGUAUUUAUUGCGUACCCGGAUGCGAAAAACGAAUGUUUACCAUGCGUUCCAGUUUUACUUGGAGCGUCCCUGUUUUUGACGGAUGUCCUCUCUUGUCUGACGGGGGGCGCCCCUGUUUUUGACGGAUGUCCUGUCUGGUCGGACUGGGGGCGCCCUUGUUUUUGACGGAUGUCCUGUCUGGUCGGACUGGGGGCGCCCCUGUUUUUUGACUGAUGUCCUCUCUUGUCUUACUGGGAGCGCCCCGAUUUUUGACUGAUGUCCUCUCUUGUCUGACUGAGGGCGCCCCUGUAUUUGACUGAUGUCCUCUCUCGUAUCCGGAAAUUUGACUGAAAGCAAUUUCGUCGAUGGUAAAUUAAUCGACGGUAAUUUGACUGAACGGAAAUUUGGUCGAAUCUCUUUUUCAGUUUUUACGUUAAAAUUUUGCUUCAAAUUUCAUUUUGAACGCAUUAUUUUGUUUUACGAUAUAGUAUAAUGUGUUCAAAAGGAAAUUUUACCAAAAUUUUAAAGUUUAACUGAAAAAAAGUUUCGACCUAAUUUCCGUUCGAUCAAAUUUCCGUCGAUCAAUUUACCGUCGACGAAAUUUCUUUCACUCAAAUUUCCGGUAACCGUCCUCUCUGUCUGACUGGGACCGUCCAGUUUUCCCAGCGUUGUCCCGGUGUCGCGGUGUGGUUGCUAUUCUGUCACGGUUUCUUAACAACAAUUUCUUUGCCCCGACUGUGUUAAAUAGACUCGUACACAAUUGUUCACAUCAAAUUGGGGCUUGCUUCACAUUCCAUGACGGCCCUAACUAGGCUUAAGUUCUAAGUGUUGUCGCUAAAUUCCUCGCUUUUCCUUAGGUUGCUCCGUCCGUUUUUUUAUUAACCGAAAAGCGGCCCCGGCGGAGUUGGGGUGGGGGGUGGGGGCUGUCCAAAAAGCCAAGUUAAAGACCGACUGAAUGUGAUUUUCUGAUGUCUGCCGAAACCAGCCCAAAGGUUAAGCAUGCCUUUUGGCCGAAACCGAAGCAGAAACCAAAAACUUAACGAUACUUUCGGCCGAAACCGAAAGAUUUAGAUAUUAUGACAUUCGUUCACGUAUUCAUCGGAAAAAAGGAUCUGGGAAAGUAUCAAUAUCUACAUUUUAAAAAUGAAAAUUGAGAUCAUCGUGAAUAUUAAUCAAUAAACUUCUAAUAAAUACUUUGGCGUUUGCCAUUUUUAUUUAAAACUUAAUUUAAAUUAGUGAGAAAUGUAUUUUAAAGUAUUAUGGUAAAAUAUAAUUUACAUGGGGGGGGGGUCAACAUUCCUGCAAAAAUAGACCCUUGAGCGCCCUUUGCUUUUAUAAUAUAAUUACUACGCUACCUAGACUUUUAUCUAAAAUAAUUAGCCUGAAAGUCUCUAAUAGAGGCGACUGUCACCUAAAUAUCUGUGGUUAAAGCGAUACAAAUAUCACUACAAUGUUUCGCGGUUAGCUUCAUAGUUAAUUUGCUUUGUGUUUUCAUAAAUAGAUUGCUAGAUAGAGCUGUAGUAAUAUUUAGCCUAGUACCAACAUUCUCGUCUUUCCGUGCUGAUGCCUUAAUUAUUUCGUUCGGCGCCCAACCUCCCCCCCCCCCCCCCCCCCCCCCCAUUGGUGGGGAGAUAAUUAUUUUUUAACAGGGUCUCUUAAAAUCGUCGUUCUGGCGAGUCUCGGCGGAGAUUCGCAAAAUGACAUCUGAAAAUCAUAAAUCGGUCGCCAAAAUCAUAAAAUAAAACAUUUCUAGCCUUACUCCUACUAGAUAAUUACUAUACGAAUCCGUGACACAUGCACACGUAUGUUAUUUGUCAAUAACAAGGUUUAUGAGCAUGAUAAUGAUGAAUUUCAAGAAAUGAAUGAAUUGAAUAAGCCAAAGUUUCCUUAAUUUUUAAUUUAAUAAAAAUAAAACAAAAAUAAUAAUGAGAAUAGUACCAUUCCCUAGGAUUAUGCAAUAUUAUUUAACUUUGCCUAGAACUACAUCGCUGAGCAUAAUAAUGAUAAAUUAAAAUGAAUAUCACAAAUUAUGAAUGAAUUGACAAAAUUAAAACAAAAAUAAUGUUAUAAAUAUUACCAUUCCCGAAGAUUUUUUUCCACAAAACUAUUUGCCUAGGCCAUAUUGAAAUUUUAUUUUUGGAAAUAUUGGACAAGUAGAUCAUCAUGCAGCUGUGGGCAGUUUUCGAAGAGGAUUCGUCAUAUAACAUACGAUGACAGCAAGAUGUCGAGCGAUAAUGGAUAUCGGUUUGCUGGCCUAGAGACAGACUUCUGGUAGAUGGCGGGAAAACCUCAAUCCCUUUCAGUCAGAUAGCCAAAAGUAUCUUUCACUUUCGGCUGAAACCGAAAAUAAACCGAAAGUUAACUUUUCACUUUAGACAGAAACCGAAAACUUCACCGAAAGUGAUCAAAUGGCAACUUUCGGGGCCGAAACUGAAGCCUAAAUUCGGUCGCUUUCUACUUCAAAUGAUAAGAUAGAAGUGAAAUGCUAGCAUCGCAGUCAUUAAUUCUUUCAAGAUUUUAAUAACUUCCCCAUUUCUAAGCCGUUCAGAGAAUUUGGACAAAGAGAAAAUAGAAAUUUCUUAGGUUUACACUCAAGUGAGGAAUAAGAGAAGUGUGGAUAGUGUUUCUCCUCUUGAAAAACCAACCAUAACCACGUGACUCUUCAAAACCAUGCCGGAUAGCUAUGGCACAACUUGAACAAAUGGAAUCUGGGAAGAAAUUUUAAAAUUUUGUCCACACACAGCUUAAAUAUAAUUUUCGUAUAAAUAUUUUAAUUAAAUUUCCCGGGUGAUCGCCCGUUCGAACCUCCCCCCCCCAACCCUUGGUUACGCCACUGGUGAUACCUACUCUGAUUGUUCUUUGUGGUAACGCUAAAAAUUAGUGUAAACCUAGCUUCAAAGCAUAUUUUACCCGUAGCGAUGCCCCACUGGUAACCCGGAAGGUUUAAAGUUUAAAUAAUUACAUGCACAUGACACUAUCCUAUUUGGACAUCCCCGGUACUGGUCGGGUGAUUUUGGACAAAAAUGAAACACUAAACUUUAUUAGACCAUGUAUCGGAUGACCGAUGAACAGGGAAUCAAUACAAGGCGACAGGCAGAAUGCACGGGCAUUUCUCAGCGUUGCGCUAGAAACCUUUGUUAUGUAUGCUGUAGGGGCCCUGUAUGAAAUAGCCCACCUCACAGAGUGUCUACACCCCAGACUCACAGAGUGUCUACACCCCAGCCUCACAGAGUGUCUGCACUCUACACCCUCCCUAUCUUUUUGUAGUGGCUCUGUAUGCAACCCCCAGCCUGACAGAGUGUCUAUACCCCUAGCCUCACAGAGUGUCUGUACCCCAGCCUAACAUAGUGUCUACACUCUACUGCCUCCCUAUAUUUUUGUUGUGGCUCUGUAUGCAACCCCCCCCUCCCCGGCCUGAAAGAGUGUCUACAUCCCCAGCCUGACAGAGUGUCUACACCCCGAGCCUGACAGAGUGUCUACAUCCCGAGCCUGACAGAGUGUCUACACCCCGAGCCUGACAGAGUGUCUACAUCCCGAGCCUGACAGAGUGUAUACACCCCGAGCCUGACAGAGUGUCUACAUCCCGAGCCUGACAGAGUGUCUACACCCCGAGCCUGAAAGAGUGUCUACAUCCCGAGCCUGACAGAGUGUAUACACCCCGAGCCUGACAGAGUGUCUACAUCCCGAGCCUGACAGAGUGUCUACAUCCCGAGCCUGACAGAGUGUAUACACCCCGAGCCUGACAGAGUGUAUACAUCCCGAGCCUGACAGAGUGUCUACACCCCGAGCCUGACAGAGUGUAUACACCCCGAGCCUGACAGAGUGUCUACAUCCCGAGCCUGAAAGAGUGUCUACAUCCCCAGACUGACAGAGUGUACACAUCCCGAGCCUGACAGAGUGUCUACACCCCGAGCCUGACAGAGUGUCUACAUCCCGAGCCGGACAGAAUGUAUACACCCCGAGCCUGACAGAGUGUAUACCCCCUCCCCAUUUUUUAACCUUGUCGAAAACCAACAUCCAAAGUAAAAAAAAACAACUCACUUUGAAUGAAAAAAAAAUACAACUUCAAGCUUAGGAGAGAAAAAAUAAAGACUUGUCCACCUUAAGAUAUUUAUUUUGUUGGAGGGAUUCAACCUCAUUUAUUAUGUUUGUUUACGAACCUGAUAUUACCAGGUUCAAUAACGUCGUUCGUCUAGCGAUUACACUUACUCAACAAGCCAUUGAUACAUAGAUAAGACAUCUCUUUCAUCAGAUAUAAUACAACUCAUCAAAUCCAACAGUUCAGCACUGCCACCGUUCCACACCAUUACAACAGUAACAACGUCAUUUCCUCUCACGCAAUAACGUCACCCAAUACAGAGCAUAUGGCAACAUCUGCCCAAAAUACUCUCGGAACCAAACACACAAAACAACAUACAAGUCCUUAACAAUGCUCUCGCCCCUCCCCACCCCGCUGCCAUGGCUCAAUUUCAGAUUGAUCCAGACGAUCUCCUGACUGUAAUUGACGACGAGAAAAAUGAUGUCUUGGCUUCUGCUGACGUGUCUUCUCGGCUUGACGCUUGCGGUAAACGGUAAGCUGGCGGAGAACCCUGAAGACACGUACUCAUCAGUGCUCGUCUUCUGGGCACACAUUAUAGAAAGAAAUAAAGAAACAGCUGCUGUCAGGGGCGUAGAUGACUUUUUUUAUGGGGGGUGGGGGGGUCGGGAAGGUCCAACAUUAGACAUCCUUCGAGCUCUAAAUAAAUCAAUAAAUUCAUCGGAUUUGGGUAAUUAAAAAAAAUAAGUAUCUGGACGCCUGGGGUUGGUGGAUGGUGUCCAGACCCCCCCCUCUCCCGGGUGGCCGAGCGGUCUAAACUGUCUCAAACCAAAGAAUUGGUGGGCUGGAGUUCAAUCCCCACCAAAGGCAACAUCCCAGCACCCCGGGUGGAUGGGACUCGCAAGCCUUGGACGGCAACCCAUCUAAGAGAAGGCAAACUCUGAAUUUAAACCAGGAGCCAGAAUGAUCAACAAAUUGAUCGUGGGCCCCUCAAAUAUAAGAAGAAGAAGAAGAAGGACCCAUCCGGCCAGCCACGCCCCUGGAUGCCAUUGACAAUGAGUGUUUCGUUUGCAGCAGGUAUAAACGUUCUUGUUGUCAUAAGUUGUCAAUUCUUGUUGUCAUAAGUUGUCAAUUCUUGUUGUCAUAAGUUGUCAGUUCUUGUUGGCAUAAAUUGUCAAUUCUUGUUGGCAUAAAUUGUCAAUUCUUGUGGUUCCCCGGAUCGGCAACCUUAGGCAGACGUGACACGCGUGUCAGACAUGGCACGCGUGUCAGACGUUACACACAGAGAGAGUUUUCACGUGUAAGCUGCAACAUGUAAUGAUGUCGGAGAGUUUUUUUUUUUUUUUAAAUUGCGUCUUACAAUGUCGAAGUGCUACUUUCAGUUAAGCACAAUGUGACCCCACCCCCACCCCCCCCCACCCCCCCACCCAAAAAAAAAUUGUUGCCUACCUUGCUCUAGAAUUCGGGCCACUGCUAUUUCUGCUUGGUGACAAUUUGGUUGAUUCUCUCCAGGUCAAACGACGUGCGAUAACGAGGCUCAGUGUUUAGAGUCGCUCAAAAAGAUCCUGGUGGACCGUGAUAAGUUUUGGUUCGGAUCCAACUAUGACAAAAGCUGUCCCAAAGUAAGUGGUCGGUGUUAUAUUUUUCUAUGGUAUGAAGCUCUCUACUUAGAAGGGUGACAACAACAAAAAUGAAGUCCUUAUGCUAUGAUCUAAUAAAAAAAUAAUAAUCGCAUAUAGUUAAGUAGAGGCCAACUAUGAAUGACGUCAUGCAUCUAUUUGAGGUGAUGGGGGUGUUUUGGGGGUGGGUGGAGCGGUCACCGAUUUUUGAGGAUGUCUUUAACUUCCGUGACAAAUUUGUGAAGAAGGGGGAUAACAAUGUGGGGGCGUCAUGUAUGGAUGCCGCCCCCCCCCCCUGGUCUUAGUAUUAUUAUUAUUAUUUACAUUUGAUAAAACAAUACAUUUGUCUGUAAAUUCUGUCCUGGCAGGGGCCGACAACUUCAGCCUGCUCCAAUCCAGACGUCCCACUGACCUCCAUUGCCUCCCGCCUGUUUAACAACUCCCAGGAACAGCUGUCCUCCCAUCUUAACAAUACCAAACUGGCCAGGAUUGUUUACAACGCACCCAAUGGUAAAUGCUUUAAUAAAGUAGUUUUAAUUUUUUUUAAAAAGUGGAUAGUGCAGUGCACCCAAUAUAAACAUUAUGCCAAAAAGAAUUAUGUCACAGUGUUAUUUACAGUGUUAAUUUUUUAAAAACAUAUAAAUAAAAUAACCCGACCAUAUCACAACUGAACGAAGGAAUCUGUCGACACCCCAGCCCCCACCCCCACACCCCCAAUGUCGAGCUUGCGUCUACCAAAAAAAAAAAAAAAAUUAAGAAAAAAAGCCUAUUACAAUUUCUAUCACCACAAAGGAACGCGUGUUAUCUUAAAAAAAUCUUUGUUUACAAACGAUAGUUUAACCUAAGCGUUUCGCUUUUGUUUCGUGGAUGUUCUGCUUCUGUAAAUUAAAAAGGCUAAACUUUUUUAUUUGCUGCACCAGCCUCCAUCUUUGCCUGCGGACAUGACUUCCCGGUGCCUGCCGUCACCAGCUACACCGUUAACCCUUUGAACAUCACCAGGGUCAGCGCCUGGUCGCUCAAUCACAAGCCGGUGGUCACAUGGGACCCGCUACCAAACGCGACCCUCUCAACGGUCAUCGUCUGGGACGUGGGCUACUACUUCCUGCACGGGCUCUACGUCAACUGUGCCAACGGAUCCAUGGAUACGGGCACGGUGAGGGGGGGGGGCUGAUGUUAGAUGUAUGGGCGGAGUGAAGGGGCUGGUGUUAGAUAUACAGGCAAGGGAAGGAGGCGGAUGUUAGAUACACACGCAUGUUUGAGGGGGCUGAUGUUUGUGUUUACAUUCCUCUUAUUUUCCUUUCAGAUAUCCAAACGCGACCCUCUCAACGGGCAUCGGCUGGGACGUGGGCUACUACUUCCUGCACGGGCUCUACGGCAACUGUGCCAACGGAUCCAUGGAUACGGGCACGGUGAGGGGGGGGGGGCUGAUGUUAGAUGUAUGGGCGGAGUGAAGGGGCUGGUGUUAGAUAUACAGGCAAGGGAAGGGGGCGGAUGUUAGAUACACACGCAUGUUUGAGGGGGCUGAUGUUUGUGUUUACAUUCCUCUUAUUUUCCUUUCAGAUAUAACAUUGCAGAGGAAAGGGAUGGUGUCAGAUAUAUGGGCAGGGUGCUAGGUCUCAACUGAUUUUUCUGCAUAUUGAACAAUGAAUUUUAAGCAAAGUCCAUGACAUUUAAAAUGUCUUAUUUAGCCAAGUACGCUUAUGAAAUAUACACCUUGUUUAGAAUAAAUAUUCAGAAUUAAGUACACAUUACUUGUAUAGUACACAUUAAAAGUACUCGUACUCAUGUCUAUUCUAGAAGUUAGGAAAGGUAUAGUACUCAUCGUUUGCAAGAGUACCUGCUACUAGCAUCAUUACCAAGAGCCGCCGUGUGACUUUUGGAGGCCCGCGGCCACUUUUCUGUUGUUAUGCGCCUCACGCAUUCAAAGUUAAUAGUUUAUUUAUUUCUGCCCACCACAAAUGUGGGUCCCUUAUAUGCCCUAGGCCCCCCCCCAAUGCAGUCGCAGGGGGUUGCAGGGCCCAGGCAAUGGCUCUGAUAGUACCCAUUUCUUUUAAAGUAGCCAUGACCUUGAGUUCUAUCACAUAUUGCAAUGAUAUACAACCCCCCUCCGUUUUUCCGGUUACCCAAACCCCCACUAAGACGCCCUCCUGAGUGUGCACGAUCUUCAAUUACAGGCAGCUGUGAGUUACAGGGGCCCCCUGAACCCUUCUCCCACGCCCAAUGUCUACCUGACCACCGUCUUCACUCAGCUGCGUGAGCUCAACGCCACUCAGGUUCAAGAGCUGCUCCAGACUUUCAUGAACGGUAACAUGAGACGAUUUAAACAGGCAGUUUUCUUGGAAACUCUAAACACAGCUACAGGUGACAGUGUCAUGACAGGUGAGUGGAGGCUAGCGAACAUGGCUACACGUGGCAGUGCGCUAGUGGUAUUCUAUUGGGGCUGUUGUGACAAUGCAAUUGACAUAGAGCUGUUGUGAUAGUGCUGUUGUGAUAGUGCUGUUGUGAUAGUGCUGUUGUGAUAGUGUUCUACGUAAAAUGUUGUUCGUGAGCACAUUAAAAACUGAUGAUGUGCCCCAAGUCAUGAUGUGAUCCAGUCCUCAUGUGCCCCACGUCAUGAUAUGCCCCACGUCAUGAUGUGCCCCAAGUCAUGAUGUGCUCAACGUCAUGAUGUGCCCCAAGACAUGAUGUGCUCAACGUCAUGAUGUGCCCCAAUUCAUGUCGUGCCCCAAUUCAUGAUGUGAUCAACGUCACGAUGUGCCCCAAGUCACGAUGUGCUCAAAGUUGUGAUGUGUCCCACGUCAUGAUGUGCUCCAAGUCAUGAUGUGCUCUAAGUCAUGAGGUGCUCCACGUCAUGCUGUCCCCCAAGCCAUGCUUUGCUCCAAGUAAUGAUGUGCCCAACGUCAUAAUGUGCCCAAGUCAUGAUGUGCCCAAGGCAUGAUGUGCUCCACGUCAUGACGUGCCCAAGUCAUGAUGUGCCAAAGGCAUGAUGUGCUCCACGUUAUGAUGUGCCCAAGUCAUGACGUGCCCAAGUCAUGAUGUGCCCAAGUCAUGAUGUGUCCCACGGCAUGAUGCAGUUCAAGUUUUGUAGUUGAGACAUGCAGCUAGCUCCUAUAGAAUUCAUUCAUAAUGCUCUUCAAAUGUCUGUCUGGAACUAAUGCUAUUAGGGAGGGAGAGAUGCGGAGGGAAGAAAAUAGAAAUGUUGGGAGAGGGGAGGGAGAGACAGUGAGAUAGAGAGGGAGAGAGAGAGAGUGGGGGUGAGGAAGGGAGGAAGAGACAGAAAGAGAGGCAGAGGGCGAGAGAGCCAUAAAGAAUGAGAAAGGCAGAGAGUGAGAGAGAGCGUGAUGAGAUAGAGAGAGAGAAUGAGAGAGUGAAAGAGAGAGAGAGAGAAAGAGAGAGACAGAAUUUGCAUUUUAAGACAACGACGUUAGGUUUCUUUAGAAAGCGUCCUUAAACACAAUAUAAUAAUCGCUAGCUAGGGAGACCAACAACCUUUGCACUGGAACGCCCGUUCUUAAACACAAUACAAUAAUCGCUAGCAAGGGAAACCAACAACCUAUGCACUGGAACGCCCGUUCUUAAACACAAGACAAUAAUCGCUAGCUAGGGAAACCAACAACCUAUGCACUGGAACGCCCGUCCUUAAACACAAUACAAUAAUCGCUAGCUAGGGAAACCAACAACCUAUGCACUGGAACGCCCGUCCUUAAACACAAUAUAAUAAUCGCUAGCUAGGGAAACCAACAACCUAUGCACUGGAACGCCCGUCCUUAAACACAAUAUAAUAAUCGCUAGCUAGGGAAACCAACAACCUAUGCACUGGAACGCCCGUCCUUAAACACAAUAUAAUAAUCGCUAGCUAGGGAAACCAACAACCUAUGCACUGGAACGCCCGUUCUUAAACACAAUACAAUAAUCGCUAGCUAGGGAAACCAACAACCUAUGCACUGGAACGCCCGUCCUUAAACACAAUACAAUAAUCGCUAGCAAGGGAGACAACCAUCGCAUUGGAAAGCCUUAGAAUUGUCAGAAUUCUGCAGUUGCGUCCAUUUUUAAAAUCUUCACGCAUUUUGGUUUUUCCACAACAACCUGUGUUUUUUUUUUUUAAAAGUAUGUAUAGAAUUAUGAUUUUCGAUAAGCCGAAAUGGAAAUAUUCAAUCGUGAUUUUACUAAUGGCAAUAGACAUAAGUGCUAGUAGUUGCAUUAAUAAAUGUAAUAGAAAUAGUGAUACUAACAUAUCAAAGUGCCAACACACCAUUAAGAGAGUGACACAUGAGUACAUUAGAUCGCUUGUGUUUACAGAGCCGAGCCAUAUCAACUUGAUGACCGUGGUGGCCGACGCCUACUCCGUACAGAAGCAGAAGGAGAGGCUGCUCGUUGACAACUGCCCACUGCUCGCCUCGCAACAGCCAAGUAAGUCCAGUGGCUAAGACACACCAGGCUGCUAGUGCGGCUACUUUUUAUAGCUCUAAGCUUUCACUGAAGCGCCAUGACGGGGGGAAUUUUGUACAUUUCAAUACAGCUUUCCACCUGCUUAAAUCUUGUACAUUUCAAUUCCCCUUUCCACCUGGUUAAAUCUUGUACAUUUCAAUACCCAUUUCCACCUGGUUAAAUCUUGUACAUUUCAAUUCCCCUUUCCACCUGGUUAAAUCUUUUACAUUUCAAUUCCCCUUUCCACCUGGUUAAAUCUUGUACAUUUCAAUACCCAUUUCCACCUGGUUAAAUCUUGUACAUUUCAAUUCCCCUUUCCACCUGGUUAAAUCUUUUACAUUUCAAUUCCCCUUUCCACCUGGUUAAAUCUUUUACAUUUCAAUUCCCCUUUCCACCUGGUUAAAUCUUGUACAUUUCAAUACCCCUUUCCACCUGGUUAAAUCUUGUACAUUUCAAUACCCCUUUCCACCUGGUUAAAUCUUGUACAUUUCAAUACCCCUUUCCAUCUGCUUAAAUCUUGUACAUUUCAAUACCCCUUUCCACCUGGUUAAAUCUUGUACAUUUCAAUUCCCCUUUCCACCUUGUUAAAUAUUGUACUUUUUCAAUACCCAUUUCCACCUUGUUAAAUCUUGUACUUUUUCAAUACCCAUUUCCACCUUGUUAAAUCUUGUACUUUUCAAUACCCAUUUCCACCUUGUUAAAUCUUGUACUUUUUCAAUACCCAUUUCCACCUGUUUAAAUCUUGUACAUUUCAAUACACCUUUCCACCUGCUUAAAUCUUGUAAAUUUCAAUACCCCUUUCCAUCUGCUUAAAUCUUGUACAUUUCAAUACUCCUUUCCACCUGCUUAAAUCUUGUACAUUUCAAUACCACUUUCCACCUGUUUAAAUCUUGUACAUUUCAAUACCCCUUUCCACCUUGUUAAAUCUUGUAAAUUUCAAUACCCUUUGCCACCAGUUUAAAUCUUGUACAAUUCAAUGCCCCCUUCCACCUGGUUAAAUCUUGUACCUUUCAAUACCCUCUUUCUCCUGGUUACAUAGUACAUUUCCGUACCAUUCUCAUGAUUACACCCAAAAAGUACAGAUUAGUUUUCACAGGUCGAUCAAUUGGUAUUGGUGGGCACGGGUGAGGUAAACGUCUCAAAGAGCUUCUAUCCCAUCCUCCAGCCUUGCACAAGGUCCUCAGAGGCGCCAACAUGAGCGUGAGUCUGAGCGACAACAUGACGUCAUACCCGGACCCGAGCCCACCGUACGUCACCACUCUCUCCGUCGGCAUCGACGUCACGUACUCAACGGACGACUACUGGGUCAUGUCCUGCUGUCUGAACUACUCCAUCACGUAAGUUGAAACCAAACAGGGGCGUAGCUAGGGUGAGUUCCACCAGGGGCGGGCUAACAUCCCAUCCCCCCCCCCCACUCUUCAUCGGGCCGAAAAUGCUGCCUCUAAAUUUAAAGAAUAAAAUUGCCUACCCGGUGGACCGCCCCCCUCCACCUCAUUUUCUUGGCCCCCUUUUUCCGAUCCCAUUCUCCGAUCCCUUUCUCCGCCCCCUUUCUCCGACCCCCUUCUCUGAUCCCUUUCUCCGCCCCAUCCUCCGUCCACCUUCUCCGACCCCUUUCUCAUCCCCUUCCUUCGUCCACCUUCUCCGCCCCUUUUCUCCGACCCCCUUCUCCGCCCUUUUUCUCCGACCCCCUUCUCCGACCCCCUCUCUCCACCCCUUCCUCCGUCCACCUUCUCCGCUCACUUUCUCCGACCCCCUUCUCCGUCCCCCUCUCUCGACCCCUUCCUCCGUCCACCUUCUCCUCUCACUUUCUCCGGCCCCCUUCUCCGCCCCCCUUUCUCCGCCCCUUCCUCCGUCCACCUUCUCCGACCCCUUUCUCAUCCCCUUCCUCCGUCCACCUUCUCCGCCCCCCUUCUCCGACCCCCUUCUCCGACCCCCUUUCUCCAUCCCUUCCUCCGUCCACCUUCCUACGCCAUUGACACCGAACAUAACAUAAAUCUAUCAAAUUAAUACACGAACCAAGCCGUUUACUUCAAGAACAAUUCAUUUUUGUUGUUGCUAUUUUUAAAUGACACCACUAGUGACAGCCCCGACCGAAUGGAUGGCGGCGGCCAUGCGUGAACUUCCCAUCUAUUACAACUACUUGACAAAACAUGCACUCUGAGUAACACACUUUAUAAGAGUCCCAAUACGUGCGAUCGUCUGGAAAUUUUAUUUUGCGCGCCUAUUGAAUGCAGCGUUACAGCCCUACAUUACUUAGCUAGAAAACUAUUACUUCUAAUGGUAUGCACGCUGUACGCACGCACUGUUUCUCCUCUCCAGCCGUGGCUCGUUCAAAGCGGAUCCAUUCAGUGACCGCACACAGAGAGCAGGGAUGACCAGACUCAAGCCGAAUGUCCAGUUGUCUCUAACAGACAUGAUUCCCGGUAACACGUUUACAGGUAAUCUAUUUCUUCUAAAAAAAAAAAAAUAUUCCCGGUAGCACUAUUACAAGUAGCCAGUUUCUAACCAACUGAUUCAUGGUAGCACUUUCACAUAGGUAAACAAUCUUUGGUGUGUGUGUGGGGGGUGUGUGUGCAAGUUGUAUGUGUGGAGAGUGUGUGCAAGUUGUGUGUGUGCAAGUCGUGUGUGUGGGUGUUUGUGUGGGGUGUGUGGUGUGUGUGUGUGUGGGGUGUGUAUGGGUGGGGGGUGUGUGUGUGUGGUGUGUGUGGGUGUGUGUGUGUGGGUGUGUGUGUGUGUGGUGUGGGUGGGGUGUGUCUAGGGUGUGUGUGUGUAUGGGUGGGGUGUGGAUGGGGUGUGGCUGUGUGGAUGGGGUGUGGGUGUGUCUGUGUGUAUGGGUUUGUGUGGGGCUGUGUAAUACGAAACCGAUGAGUCUUUAUGGCUGCUUAAGUUAGUGAUUUCUUGAUUUAAGAGCUGGGUGGGCGACGGUUGAGUGCGGGAAAGAUCAGGACAAUCGACAGCUUAAUGGAGUAGUUCCUGCUCUACCUAAAUGUUCCAGAACCCGAUAAGGUCAACCUAACCACACCGACUCCUCUGUCCAUCUGUAAUGAAUUCAUAAGUUAUCGCGAGAACCGAUUCUGAACUCUCAUAGCCACCCAUGAUUCAUGAAAGACCUGUAUCCGCCUUUUCAGAUCAAGUGUACACCCUGUUCUUCGUGGACGUCGCCCCUGCUGCCGACGCCACUGCCAAUGCUACCAACGUCACGGUGAUCACUCACUGGCUGGUGGGCAACAUCAGAAACGGUGACGUCAGCACGGGGGAUGAGAUAGCUCAAUAUUUCGGACCCAAUCCAUUCUUACCGUAUGUAAUUUUGGACCCAAUACAUUCUUACCGUAUGUAAUUUUGGGCCAAUCCAUUCUUACCGUGUGUAAUUUUGGACCCAAUCCAUUCUUACAGUAUGUAAUUUUGGACCCAAUCCAUUCUUACCGUGUGUAAUUUUAGACCCAAUCCAUUCUUACCGUAUGUAAUUUUGGACCCAAUCCAUUCUUACCGUAUGUAAUUUUGGACCCAAUCCAUUCUUACCGUGUGUAAUUUUGGACCCAAUCCAUUCUUCCCGUGUGUAAUUUUGGACCCAAUCCAUUCUUCCCGUGUGUAAUUUUGGACCCAAUCCAUUCUUACCGUAUGUAAUUUUGGACCCAAUCCAUUCUUACCAUGUGUAAUUUUGGACCCAAUCCAUUAUUACCUUGUGUAAUUUUGGACCCAAUCCAUUCUUACCUUAUGUAAUUUUGGACCCAAUCCAUUCUUACCAUGUGUAAUUUUGGACCCAAUCCAUUCUUACCGUAUGUAAUUUUGGACCCAAUCCAUUCUUACCAUGUGUAAUUUUGACCCAAUCCAUUCUUACCGUAUGUAAUUUUGGACCCAAUCCAUUCUUACCGUAUGUAAUUUUGGACCCAAUCCAUUCUUACUGUAUGUAAUUUUGGACCCAAUCCAUUCUUACCAUGUGUAAUUUUGGACUCAAUCCAUUCUUACCGUAUGUAAUUUUGGACCCAAUCCAAUCUCACCAUAUGUAAUUAUGGACCAAAUCCAUUCUUACCGUGUGUAAUUUUGGACCCAAUCCAUUCUUCCCGUGUGUAAUUUUGGACCAAAUCCAUUCUUACUGUAUGUAAUUUUGGACCAAAUCCAUUCUUACUGUAUGUAAUUUUGGACCCAAUCCAUUCUUACCGUAUGUAAUUUUGGACCAAAUCGUUGCUUACUGUAUGUAACUUUGGACCACUCCUAAGUUGUUUUGGGACAAAAUCAAUUCAUCGCAUAAGCAACAUUUACCAAAAAUAUACAUAUUUAUACAUUCCUAGAAUUAUUCGUGUUGGACCAAAUUUGUUCUAAGAAUACAUGUAAUUUUUGGAACAAUGCACUUUCAUUCAAAGAAUUGUGCGAUAAAGGACCCGAUGAAUUCCGAGCGAGUUGAAAUUUCAACCCACACCCUUCGUGGGGUAUAACGGAAUUGGAACCAAAUGCAGUCCUAUAGCACUGUCGUCAAGCCAGAAUUGAUAGUAGAAGAAACUGAAUAAAAAUUCAGACUUCAAAAAUUUUUUAAUAUUAUUUAUAGUAUUAAAAAAAAUUUAUAAUUGAUAAACCGGUCGCAUACGGUGUUGGUUUAGUUUCUUAGGCUGUUUUUAAAAAAAAAUCAUUACAGAAACUCGCCAAGGCCAUAUAUGUUCAUGCUGUUCAAACAGCCUGUCUCCAAGCUGAACACGUCAUACAUUGAGUCCAUGUGUCCAGGUGGGGUCCAAAGGUGAGCUGUUCUUUUAAUCAACGUUUUCUUUAGGUCUGUCCGUUGCAGUUAUUGCUCGUCCUGCCCACGCGAUGACCAUGGCGAUAAAGAUGACAAUGACACUGAAGAUGACCAUGGGAAUGAUGAUGGGCAUGACAAUGAAGAUGACCAUGACAAUGAAGAUGACCAUGGCAAUAACGAUGACCAUGGCAAUGAAGAUGAACAUAUCAAUGAAGAUGACCCUGGCAAUGAAAAUGACCAUGUCAAUGAAGAUGACCAUAAAAUGAAGAUGACCAUGGCAAUGAAGAUGACCCUGGCAAUGAAGAUAACCAUGUCAAUGAAGAUGACCAUAAAAUGAAGAUGACCAUGACAAUGAAGAUGACCAUGGCAAUGAAGAUGACCAUGGCAAUAACGAUGACCAUGGCAAUGAAGAUGAACAUAUCAAUGAAGAUGACCCUGGCAAUGAAAAUGACCAUGUCAAUGAAGAUGACCAUAAAAUGAAGAUGACCAUGGCAAUGAAGAUGACCCUGGCAAUGAAGAUAACCAUGUCAAUGAAGAUGACCAUAAAAUGAAGAUGACCAUGACAAUGAAGAUGACCAUGGCAAUGAAGAUGACCAUGACAAUGAAAAUGACCAUGUCAAUGAAGAUGACCAUAAAAUGAAGAUGACCAUGGCAAUGAAGAUGACCAAGAUAAUGAAGAUGACCAUGGCAAUGAUGAUGACAUGACAAUGAAGAUGGCCAUGACAAUGAAGAUGACCAUGUCAAUGAAGAUGACCAUGACAAUAAGUAUGACCAUGACAAUGAAGAUGACCAUGGCAAUGAAGAUCACCAUGGCAAUGAAGAUUACCAUGGCAAUGAAGAUGACCAUGGCAAUAAAGAUGAUCAAGGCAAUGAAGAAACCAAGAUAAUUAAGAUGAACAUGACAAAUUUGACUUGAGAAGUAGCCUUGACUUGAGAAGUAGCCUUGACUUGAGAAGUAGCCUUGACUUGAGAAGUAGCCUUGACUUGAGAAGUAGCCUUGACUUGAGAAGUAGCCUUGACUUGAGAAGUAGCCUUGACUUGAGAAGUAGCCUUGACUUGAGAAGUAGCCUUGACUUGAGAAGUAGCCUUGACUUGAGAAGUAGCCUUGACUUGAGAAGUAGCCUUGACCUGAGAAGUAGCCUUGACUUGAGAAGUAGCCUUGACCUGAGAAGUAGCCUUGACUUGAGAAGUAGCCUUGACUUGAGAAGUAGCCUUGACCUGAGAAGUAGCCUUGACUUGAGAAGUAGCCUUGACCUGAGAAGUAGCCUUGACUUGAGAAGUAGUCUUGACCUGAGAAGUAGCCUUGACUUGAGAAGUAGCCUUGACCUGAGAAGUAGCCUUGACUUGAGAAGUAGACUUGACCUGAGAAGUAGCCUUGACUUGAGAAGUAGCCUUGACUUGAGAAGUAGCCUUGACCUGAGAAGUAGCCUUGACUUGAGAAGUAGCCUUGACUUGAGCUGUAAUUUGCAUAAAGUGAGGGAGAGUUGCCCAAUGUUGGUAGCAUAAGUGACCUUCUGUACAAUUGGAAAAAAAAUAUUUUUUUAGCUAUAUUUUUAAAAUUAUUUUUUUUUACAGGUCUUCAAAACACUUCUAACAGCAACAGCAACGUGACUGUUCUUUAGAGUUGAUGUCUGCUUAUCUAGUAAUAACCAAGAGCUGACAUCUGCUUAUUUAGUUGUGAUCUAGAGUUGACAUCUGCUAAUUUAGUUGUAAUCUAGAGUUGACUUAUGUUUAUUUAGUUGUAAUCUAGAGUUGACGUUCCUGUCAUACGUCUUUGAAGUAGAGUAAACUCCCAUGUUAUAUGGCAGUCACUCAGAUGAUCUCAGAAAUUAUUUAGGUUUGAAGGUGUCUCAAUGUUUCUAGGUGUCGCAAUUAUCUGUGUCUAAUUGUGUCUCGAUGUUUCUAGGUGCUGCAUUGAUCUGUGUCUAAUUGUGUCUCACUAUUUCCAGGUGUCGCAUUAAUCUGUGUCUAAUUGUGUCUCAAUGUUUCCAGGUGUCGCAUUGAUCUGUGUCUAAUUGUGUCUAAAUAUUUUCAGGUGUCGCAUUGAUCUCGCCAAGGUGCUGCAGGCGUGGAAUCUCGUGGAGCUUUCUGGUGUCACGUGGCUUCUUGCUGAGAACGAUGGUUUCGCUAAAAUGGUAGGUGGUAGCGGGAUGCACUGGAUUCAGUGUCGUGGGAGGUGCACUGCAUUCAGUGUAGUGGAAGGUGCACUGGAUUCAGUGUCGGGGAAGGUGCACUGGAUUCAGUGUCGUGGGAGAUGCAGAGGAUUCAGAUUCGUGAUAGGAGCACUGGAUCUAGUGUCGUGAGAGGUGCACUGCAUUCAGUGUAGUGGAAGGUGCACUGGAUUCAGUGUCGGGGAAGGUGCACUGGAUUCAGUGUCGUGGGAGAUGCAGAGGAUUCAGAUUCGUGAUAGGAGCACUGGAUCUAGUGUCGUGAGAGGUGCACUGCAUUCAGUGUAGUGGAAGGUGCACUGGAUUCAGUGUCGGGGAAGGUGCACUGGAUUCAGUGUCGUGGGAGAUGCAGAGGAUUCAGAUUCGUGAUAGGAGCACUGGAUCUAGUGUCGUGAGAGGUGCACUGCAUUCAGUGUAGUGGAAGGUGCACUGGAUUCAGUGUCGGGGAAGGUGCACUGGAUUCAGUGUCGUGGGAAGUGGGGGGUGGCCCACCCAGGGGUGCAUUUUUUACACAUUAUGUUGAAGGGCGGCAUUUUUGCCUAACUGAAGUCUUUUUUGUGGAAUGGGGUGGGGAAAGGUAGAGGGUUAGGGACGGGUAAAAAAAAUUUGUGGAAUGCCUCAGGUUAAAGACAGUUUAAUGACAUUGGAACUGAAAUACAGCGCAUUACAUGUCUUAAAAUAAAAAAUUUAAUUUUCGUAGUGUGACGAAAACAUUCAUUACAUUCAUUUAUUGUAGAUUUAUAAUAACUUUAAUGUGCACACAUAAAAACAAAUUAAAUAAAUAUUAUCCCUCUCGAUAUGCCCCACCCACACAAUCCCCCCCCCCAAAGCAGAAAAAGGGAAAAUUAAACAACUUAACUUCAACAUUUGUUUUCCAGAGAUUUUAUACAGAGAUAAAGUCACGCACCAAGGAAGAGGUGUGCUCGGACGUCCCGGGUUACGCUGACCCCUGUCCAGUGCCCAAACCUUGCCCUAACAAGGCGGCACACGCGACACUACCGGGCUCAUUGCUCGUCGGGGUUGUCGCCAUGGUAACGACAGCGAGAUCCUUGCUUUGGAGAGAACAUUAGCUGCCAGCCGGAAGUGGUUUAGAAGCUAGCGUGUAAAUUGAUAGUUCAUCUCUUUAACCAUGCCAGUCCCUGCUCACAGACAACAUUGUACUCUGAAAACCCCACCGGUGUUGUAAGCUUGGGUUAACUAUCUAUCACCCUCUCCCCCCCCCCACGACCCCCUCCCCCAUAUCUCCCCUUCAACAACAUAGUAUCAUCAUUAAUUGUUUCGCAUUAUGUUUAUAAAAUGAAUAUUUUUUAAAAAAUAAAUAACCAAAU